AUGAAAGAAACCGAGAGGCUCCACAAUAAUGCCAACAGCAAGAAUAAUUAUGAUGGUAGGCCACAACCGGAAUUAGUCAUUCCUUCUCCAUCCGACUUUCCAGACCUUGCUGUGAUGUUAAAAGCCGCAUUCCAGGAAAAAAACGGUUGUAGUAGCACAGACAAAGCCAUCAACAAUGCGCUCAAGGCAUAUCAGCAGUAUCGUGACGAAUACCCCCAAAAACUGGAACACUGUCGAGUCAUCAAGCAAAAUGGCAUUGUCAUGGCAGGAUGUCAAUUGCAAGUGGCGGGAGAUCCUGGAGAUUUUUCCUUUCCGGCAUACGCAAGACACGAACUGCAGCCAGGCGAAGUCUAUGUGGAAUGGAUUGCCUGUCAUCCAGAUCAUACUGGCAAGGGACUAGGAUCCAUGUUGCUUCGAUGGGCCACAGACUUUGCUACCCAUACAGUGGGUGCCAAGGUUUUGACGCUGGAUGUCAUGAAGAAAAACGUCGGAGCGGUCCGACUCUACGAACGAAAGGGAUUUUGUAUCAAACAAAACAAGGAUGCGGUGGAUGCCUUUUUCGAGGGUCUUCUUGUAUUUUGCUGCUUGGGGUGCAAGUAUUGGACGGUCUUGAACAUGGAAAAGCCUCUAGAGGUAGAACCAGAAACGAAGUAA